AUGGACCAAAAUCAUCAUUCGGAUAAGACCGCAGAGGCACAACCUUCUGAGAAAAAGAAAACUAGAAACUGCUGCAAUGGAUUCAAGAUGUUCUUGGCAGCCCUGUCACUCAGCUUUAUUUCUAAGUCACUGGGUGCAAUCAUUAUGAAAAGUUCCAUCACUCAAAUAGAAAGGAGAUUUGACAUAUCAUCUUCUACUGUUGGCUUAAUUGACGGAAGCUUUGAAAUUGGAAAUUUGCUUGUGAUUGUAUUUGUGAGUUAUUUUGGAGCCAAAUUACACAGACCGAAGCUAAUUGGAAUUGGUUGCAUUAUUAUGGGAACUGGAAGUAUUUUGACUGCUUUACCGCAUUUCUUCAUGGGAUAUUACAGGUAUUCUAAAGAUACCACUUUUAAUCCAUCAGAGAAUUCAACAUCAAGUUUACCAACUUGUUUGAUUAACCAAAAUUUGUUACCCAAUAGAACAUCACUGGAGGUAGUGGAAAAAGGUUGGGAAAAGGAUUCUGGAUCAUACAUGUGGAUAUAUGUUCUAAUGGGUAAUAUGCUUCGUGGAAUUGGGGAAACCCCUAUUGGACCCUUGGGGAUUUCUUACAUCGAUGAUUUUGCUGAAGAAGGACAUUCUUCUUUGUAUUUGGGUAAUUUGCUUGCAGUAACAAUGAUUGGUCCAAUCAUUGGCUUUUUACUGGUAUCUCAGUUUUCUAAAAUGUACGUGGAUAUUGGAUAUGUGGAUCUGAGCACUGUCAGAAUAACUCCUCAGGACUCUCGUUGGGUUGGUGCUUGGUGGCUUGGCUUCCUUGCGGCUGGACUAAUAUCCAUUAUUUCUUCCAUACCAUUCUUUUUCUUGCCCAAAACUUUGGAUAAACCAAAUAAAGAAAAAAAAGCUUCAGCAUCCUCAAUAUCUUUGCCUACGCAAAAUGAAGAAAAGAGUCAAAUGGCUAGUUUGACCAAGACUGGGCAAAAUGUUACUGACACUGUAACUGGUUUCUUCCAGUCCUUGAAAAGCAUCCUUACCAAUCCCCUGUAUGUUUUAACAUUAUUUUUGACACUGCUACAAGCCAGCAGCCAUAUUGGUUCUAUUACUUACAUUUUCAAAUACGUAGAACAGCAGUAUGGCAAGUCAGCAUCUGAGACGAGCAUUUUGCUUGGAUUCAUAACCAUACCAUCUUUGGCAGCUGGAAUGUUUACAGGAGGAUUUAUUGUUAAAAAGUUCAAAUUUACCUUGGUUGGAAUUGCCAAAUUUGCACUUUGUGCCCAUUCGAUAUCCUUCCUGUUUCAUCUAUUAAACUUUGCACUAAUCUGUGAAAACAAAUCAGUUGCUGGACUAACCCUGACCUAUGAUGGAAAUACUCCAGUGGCAUCACAUCUAAAUGUACCACUUUCUUAUUGCAACUCAGACUGCAAUUGUGAUCCAACUCAAUGGGAACCACUCUGUGGGAGCAAUGGAAUAACUUACAUAUCACCCUGUUUAGCAGGAUGUACGUCUUCAAGUGGCAGCAAAAAGUCUAUUGUGUUUCAUAACUGUAGUUGUGUGGAAGAAAAUGGUUUCCAGAGCAAAAAUAACUCGAUGAAGUUGGGUGAAUGUCCGAAAAGUGAUGACUGUAAGAGAAAAUUUUAUAUUUACACAGUAGCACAAAUACUUAUCCUUUUUUCUGCUGCACUGGGAAGCACCUCAACUAUCAUGCUGAUUUUUAAAAAUGUUGAACCUGAACUGAAAUCACUUGCCAUGGGUUUCCAUUCACUAACUAUUCGAACACUAGGAGGAAUUCCAGCUCCUAUAUAUUUUGGGGCUCUGAUUGAUAGAACUUGUAUGAAGUGGUCCAUCAACAACUAUGGGAAGCAAGGGGCUUGCAGGAUAUAUAAUUCCUCGUUAUAUGGACAUACUUUCUUUGGCUUGACUACAGGCUUAAAAUUCCCAGUCAUUAUUUUAUUCAUUGUAUUGAUUUCUGCUAUGAAGAAAAAAUACCAAGGGAAAGAUAUUAAGGCAUCAGAAAAUGAAACAAAAGCCAUGAAUGAAGCAAACUCAGGACCAUUAAUUAAUGAUGUCAAAGUGGACCAUGAAACACAUGUUUAG